CCUGCGCCCGGCCAGGCGCGCACCCUCGCUCGGGUUGCUCAUCGGGCUCUGCCACGGUGCGGUGUUCCUGGGGGCUACGCGGUUACAGGCCUGGCUUGGGGCUUGGGUGUAAGGUGGAAGCUGCCGUUUCCCCUGUGCGGCUCUGGGCUUGUGAGGGGGCGGUCCCGGCUGGGGAAGGAGUGCGAGGCCUGGCUAGACAGCGCUGCAGGCGGCCCUCACUCGCCUUUCUGCAGGGAGAAAAUAAAUCACAGAAGUGUAGGGCUGGAAGGGUCCUCAAGAGGGCAUCUGGUCCAUCCCUGCUGAGCUCCGGCAAGAUUCAAUACACCUCGACCACUCCUGCCUGGAGGGUCUAUCUUCAGGGCUUCAUGCUGAGUCCAUCAGUUCAGGUCAAUAAAAGGACUUACCAUGGCAGGUAAAGGUGGCAAAUCCAAACGCAGUAAAUCCAAAGGCUCCAGGAAGAAAACAAAGAAGCCCGUGAGUGAAGUGGAUAUCCUUAGCCCAGCUGCCAUGCUCAAUGCCUACUACAUUUCUCACAAUGCUGCUGCCUGCCUGGAGUUCCGUGGCUUUAACUGGCCUGACUCCCCCAAAAAGAAAGGGAAGAAAGGAAAGUAGUAAUCGAAUGGAAGUCAAGGGACCCAUGAUGCAUCAAGCUUCACUGCGAAAAGGAGAACCCUUGUUAAGGAUUGAAAGCAAAGUGAUCACUCAGGUUUUUAACUCUUAUGGUUUGCCAUAAUCACUGUGAAGGCCAGUACUAAGACACUCUUGUUAUGAUUCGAGCAUAAGGUAGUAAAUGUUAAUUUAAGAUGCUUACUGUGCCAGUGUAAUAUUAACUAUGGCUGUUAGCUUGCUAAUUCUGGCAGCAAAUAAAACAUUGUGCCUCCAUGAGCAAUUCUAAUGAUGUGCGGGGUGGGGGUGGAGAGAUUCAUUUUGUACUGAUAGCUCCUGCUGCUACGCCUGUUCUUAUAAAUCUAAUGUAGUCCCUGAAAGCCAGUGCACACCAAAGCUGGUGUGUCUGCCAUUGCUAAACCAAGGGUUGCCAAAGUGCAGUCUCAUAAGAUGCAGCCUAUGGAGACUUCGUGGCCCAGCAUGCAGUGAUCUCUCUCAAUCCGAGCAUCCUGGCUGAAGGCCACAAGCUUCGUGUUAAAGAUUAGAGUGGCUACAAUCAGUUCCAUUUUAUACGAUUAAAUGCAGUCCUUGGGCGCCUGGCAAACGGCUAACCAGUCAUCUGUUGGGCAAAGUUUGUGUGCCCACAGCACAUAUUUAUCACAGGGCUGGUUCAAGCAAAUGUUAUCCCAUCCACUCCCAGCUACAAGGCCCAGGAUUUGGUAUGAAAUGUUUUUCUUAACUAUCCCAAGUUCUUGUGCAUUGCCAGCUCGGAGGGUGGGGGCAAUAGGGAAUGUGUUAAGAACUGAUGUAUGUGUUGGAGUAAGUAAGGGGAUGAGUGGAUAGAAGUGUCCUCAAAAAGGAGAGGAGGAGAAUCUGCAAUGAGCCAGGGCUACAAUAAGAGAGGAAGACAUCCUGAUUUCCUAGGAUGCUCAAGUUAUUGCCAGCAUGAAAGCUUGUGCUCCACCCCAUGUGGCAUAACAUGAGCAGGAAACUUUCAGCUGGUUUCUGCCAGGGGUGUGGCAGGUUGCCAAACCUGACUGCAGGUUUGGCAUCGUUGUCUGAAUAGCCCCUGAAGAAUCGGGCUGAAAGCAAUUUCUGACUGUCCUUGAAGUAAGGAAGAAUUUGACGCCUUUCUGAGUUCUAGGUAAAGUGUGUUACGGACUUUGGAAGAGCAACUUAGAACCAAUAAUAAUUUGACCCUUCUUCUUAUUAAAUGCCUGGUAAGCCCUGCUGUGGCCUUGCAAGAUGGAGAUUUUGCUCUAUGCACCGGUCUCAUUUGGGAAGUUCAUAGUUCUGUGGCUCUGCUUAGAGGGCCAAAUACAUCCACCCUUUACACUAGUGCAGACCUGCUACUCUAGUGGUGUUGCACAGCUAUAACUGAACUUGACCUGUCUGCUAUACUGCCCAGCAUGCCACCCACAAUGGCAUGUUCUCACCAUAGAAUCACAUUCCACACACCCCCCCAUCAUCCAGCAGGACGUCUCAGCUCCCACCGUACAGCUGUGACUAUUCUUUCCCCUCCAUAAUGUGGCUCCAAAGAGAGAGAGCAACAGUCUGCCCUAUAUGCAUAGUACAUCCCAAGCUACACCAGAGCUUGAACCAGUUUGUGGAUGAUUUGUCAGACAGGUGUACAGGAUCAAUUUACAGAAGGGGUGAAAGAGACUUGGGGAAAAGUGAUGCAAUCUGAUACCCAAAUAAAGCUGUUGGAUGAAUGAUAAGCCUGGAUGCAGAGCGGGUGCGAAGUUCCGUCCCAGAAUCCAGAAAAAAAUUGUGCAUCCAGGCACUGGAACGUAUUUGUGCUUUCCCAGCUGUCCUCUAAGACUUGGUGUCUCCAGCAUUUUCUGCUUAUUUUCAAGGGACACUGCCCAACAGAGCUGGGUAAAUAAUUCUUUCCAUGAACGUAGCCUCUUUGUGUGACAUUUUCUUAAAUCUAUUAAUUAUUCAAAGUGUGUUAAAUCUUGGUUUGUAGAUUGUUCAUGAACAUAUUACAAUUAAAACUACUUAGCUGUAUGUCAUGUGGCCUAUGUUGCUAAGACAUUCACCUGUAGCUCAAGUGAAAGGGGUCUAUAUAGCUCUUGAAACAGAAUGAACCAAGCUCUAUUUCUGCUGUCACUAAGGGUA